UCGAAAUUUGAAUUAAAAACAUGUGUGUGAGAAUCACAAAUGAUAUUUUCAUUCUAAUUUUGUAAAAUAUUUUUUAUUUACAUUAAAACCUUGGUCUAAUUAACAAAAGAAACGUCUAUUUUAGUGAUACAAAAAUUUAAGUUGUUCACUCUUGUGCUAAUUUUGCAAAAGAGUGUCGUGCAUUUGUGAGGACACGCGCAUUAAAAAAAAGUAGGAUAGUCUUUCUUUAAACAAACUUUCCACCGCAUUUGGUCUUGUCUGAAUAAUGAAAAUGUUGAGUGAAGUAACUUCUGCACCACUUCACGCUACCAGAAUUUAUUCACGAAAACGUUCUUCUAAAAAUAAAAAUGCUACAUUUGCAAAGAGGCUACGCAUGGAUGAAAAUGCUACUGUUAAUAUUAAUGAUGAAUUUCCUAGCGAUAUACAGGAUAAAUCUACACAGGAUUUGUCUGGUGAAGUAAUAAAAUUUGCUAAAAGUGUUGCCGGCAAAGAAGGUACAUCUAGUUUUAAUAAAUUCUUCGAUUUUUUAAUUGAAAAAGAAGGGAAAGAAUGUCUAGAAGUUCUGAAAAGAGAAGGAGUAAAAUUAACUAGAAUGUCCAGUAUGUUAUUCAGAGCACAACUUAAUUCUUCUAAAGCCUUUAAAGGGUUAUAUGAUCUUUGGAUUGAUAAAGAAGGAAAUAAAACAAAAUAUUUAAAAGCUCUAGAAGAUAAUGAUGUAAGUUUAGGUAAUAUAACAAGUAUUUUAAGUUUAACAGGAACUAAUGCUCCUAAAGCUUAUAAGGACUUAUAUGACAUAUGGUUUGAUGAAGAAGGAAAGAAAUCUCGAUAUUUAAAAACUCUAGAUAAAAACGGUAUAAAAAUGUCUAACAUAUCGAGUGUUUUGCAUAAAGCAGGUUCUAAUUGUGUUGACGCGUUUACAGACUUAUACCACCUGUGGUUCGAUGAAAAAGGAAAUAAAACAAAAUAUUUAAAAAAUCUAGAAGAAAAAGGACUUAAUCUAUCUACUAUGACAAGUAUUUUAAGUGGAGCAGGAGCUAAUGCUCCUAAUGCUUUUAAAACCUUAUACAACAUGUGGUUUGAUGACGAAGGAAAUAAGACACAAUAUUUAAAAAAUCUAGAAGAAAAAGGAGUAAAUUUAUCUAAUAUGUCCAGUAUUUUAAGUAGAGCAGGAGCUAAAGCUCCUUAUGCUUUUAAAAACUUAUACAACCUGUGGUUUGAUGACGAAGGAAAAAAGACACAAUAUUUUAAAAAUCUAGAAAAAAAUGGAAUAAAUCUGUCUCACAUAUCGAGUAUUUUGCAUGGAGCAGGAUCUAAUUCUCCAAAAGCGUUUAAAGAAUUGUACAACCUGUGGUUUGAUGAAAAAGGAAAAAAGACAAAAUAUUUAAAUAAUCUAGAAGACGAAGGACUAAAUCUAUCUAAUAUGUCGAGUAUUUUAAGUGGAGCAGGAACUAAUGCUCCUAAGGCUUUCAAAAACCUAUAUGAAAUUUGGUUUGAUGAAGAUGGAAGUAAAACACAAUAUUUAAAAACUUUAGAAAAAGAAAGAAUAAAUCUAUCUAAUGUAUCCGGUAUUUUAAAUGGAGCAGGAUCAAAAGCUCCCAAAGCUUUCAAAGACUUUUAUGAUCUAUUGUUUGAUAAAGAAGGAAACAAAACGCGAUAUUUAAAAAAUCUAGAAGAAAAAGGAAUAAAUCUGUCGAAUAUAUCCGGUAUUAUAAGUGGAGCUAGAGCUAAUGCUUUUAAAGCUUUUAAAGACAUAUAUGACCUGUGGUUUAAUGAAGAAGGAAACAAAACGCCAUAUUUAAAAACUCUAGAAAAUAACGGAAUACAUCUGUCUACCAUAUCUUGUAUUUUGAAUAGAACAGGAGCUAAUGCUUCUAAAGCUUUUAAAGACUUAUUUAACUUGUGGUUUGAUGAAGAGGGAAAUAAGACACAGUAUUUAAAAACUUUAGAAAGGGAAAACAUAAAUCUAUCUAAUAUAUCCGGUAUUUUAGGUGGGGCAGGAACUAAUGCUUCUAAAGCUUUCAAAGACCUAUAUGACAUUUGGUUUGAUAAACAAGGGAACAAAACAAAAUAUUUAAAAACUAUAGAAAAAGAAGGAAUAAAUCUUUCUAAUAUAUCUUCCAUUUUGAAUGGAACAGGAGCUAAUGCUCUUGAAGCUUUUAAAGAACUAUAUAACACCUUUUUUGAUAAGCAGGGAAACAAAACACAAUAUUUAAAAAUUUUGAAAGAAGAAGAAGGAAUAAAUCUAUCUAGUGUAUCCAGUAUGUUGAAUGGAGCGGGAUCAAAUGCUCCCAAAGCUUUAAAAAACUUGUAUGAACUGUUGUUUGAUAAAGAAGGAAACAAAACGCGAUAUUUAAAGAAUCUAGAAAACAAAGGAGUAUAUCUAUCGAAUAUAUCCGCUAUUAUAAGUGGAGCUAGAGCUAAUGCUCCUAAAGCUUUUAAAGACUUACAUGACCUGUGGUUUGAUGAAGAAGGAAACAAAACGCCAUAUUUAAAAACUCUAGAAAAAAACGAAAUAAAUCUGUCUAACAUAUCUAGUAUUUUGAAUGGAACAGGAGCUAAUGCUUCUAAAGCUUUUAAGGACUUAUAUAACUUGUGGAUUGAUGAAGAGGGAAAUAAGACGCAAUAUUUAAAAACUUUAGAAAGGGAAAACAUAAAUCUAUCUAAUAUAUCCGGUAUUUUAGCUGGAGCAGGAACUAAUGCUUCGAAAGCUUUCAAAGACCUAUAUGACAUUUGGUUUGAUAAACACGGAAACAAAACACAAUAUUUAGAAACUAUAGAAACGGAAAGAAUAAAUCUGUCUAAUAUAUCCACAAUUUUGAAUGGAGCAGGAGCAAAUGCUCCCGAGUCUUUUAAAGAGUUAUAUGACCUUUGGUUUGAUACACAAGGAAAUAAAACACAAUAUCUAGAAACUCUAGAAAAAGAAGGAAUAGAUAUACCUAGAAUAUCCAUUAUUUUUCAUAGGACAGGCGCUAAUUCGUCUAAAGCUUUUAAAGAGCUGUAUGAUUUUUGGUUUGAUUCAAAUGGAAAGAAAAAACCGCAUUUAAAGCAUUUUAUCAAGAAAAAAGAUAAAGAAAGAAGUUUUACGAUGCAAAAUAUAUUCGAUAUUUUAUGUAAAACAGGAACUAAAGCCAAAGAUGUUUUUGAAAGAUUGCAUAAUGUGUGUUUUAAUGACAAAGGAAAAAGGACACAACUUUUAGAUGAUUUCUUUGAUGCAGGUUUUACGCCAAGUAACUUAUCCUUUGUUUUAUGUGGGACAGGAGUAUCUGCUUCUUUUUGUUUAGAAAGAUUACAUGGUACUUGUUUUAACGAGAAAAGAGAAAUAUCUGAAGUUUUAGAUGAUUUCUAUAAGUUGGGUUUUAUGCCUGAUCAACUAUGCAGUAUGCUAAGUGGAGAAACAUAUGAUCUAGAAAAAUUUCCAAAAUUUUGUUUGCAUGCAGAAGGCGCUGACAUUAAUUCAACUUUAGAAGAUUUUCAUGAUGUUUGUUUCGAAGAGAAUGGAAACAAAAGCCAAAUUUUAAUUGAUUUUCGUAAUGCAGGUUUUGUGGCAAGAGAUUUAUCAAAAAUAUUAUCCAUGACAGGAUAUAAUGCCCCUUCUAUUUUACGAAAUUUUCAUAAUUCUUGUUUUAAUAAAAAAAAUUAUUUAAAUCAUUUCUUGAAUGAAAAAGAACUUUUCAAGCCAAAACGUUUAGCUAAAAUAUUAUCUGGAACCGGUACUAAUGUCUGUUAUAUUUUUAAAAAAUUGCAUCAUCUUUGUUUUGAUAAAGCAGGAAACAAAACAAAUUAUUUAAAUAGUCUUAUAAAAUAUUAUCCAUCGAAAGAGAUAAUUAAAAUUAUAAAAAAAGAAACUUCAACUUUCUUCGAUUAACAAACAGAAUGUUAGUGAAUGAAACAAGGCAAACAAGUCCAGGUCCAAGUCCAUGUUAACAAAGCUUUUCUCGUUUUAAGAGCAGAUAUUAAAUGGGUUUCAAGAAAGUAAACUUAAAUACCAUUGUAAAUGCAUUAAAUGCAAAAUCAACUGCUACUGGCAAAAAGAAGGCUCUUCCAAAACUUAAGUGAAACACUAACUGAUAGUUAAUUAUUCCAACUCAAAUAACUUAUAUCGUCCGAAAUUAAACCAUCAGGAAACACGCGAAGAUUGGUGGCCAAAUGAAAUAAUAUCUCAUUGCCAGUUUAUUGCGGACGAUCGGAAACAAAUGGUGUUAUUGAAUCACUUAAGAUAUUUCCGAUGCUCUGGAAAAGUAAAAUUGGAAUAUACAUUAUGUUGAAAGAUAUGAA